UAGUUUCCUCCGUUUCCUCCACUGCUUAAUAUGACUGAGGAGUACAAUAAGACUACGAUGUACUAAGAAGACCAAGAUGUAAAAUAAGAAGAGGAAGAAGAAGAAGAAGAAUCGUGAGGCAGACCACAGAGAAAGAGACAUACAAAAGAGGUCCAUAGGAGAAUUAAUGCAGGAGAGUAAGAGAGUAUUGCUAUAAUACCUAUGGUGGGGACGUAUAACCAACAACUCAAGCACGUGGAGACCGUGGAGACCGUAAAGACUAAAGUAGUGUUUCUUGGUGUCUCUCAUUUCACAUUUCAGUAGUGUUUCCACUGCCUUCAGACUCUUUUAUCUUGCUUAACUUUUUAGUAAACCAUUUGAUUUUUGUUUUUCUCUAUCAUAAAUUUUACACAAAAUAGUCAACAUACUACGACAAUAAUUAUCGGUGACAAUGAAUCUGAUGAUAAAAUAAAAUUAAAAUAGUUGGUUAGUAUUUGAUAUUAUAUAUAUUUAAAUAUUUAAAUAAAGUAUAUCAAGAUGAGUGUGAUGAUAAAUACAAUUGGGAUGGCUGUGAGUUUAUUGAUCUUUGUGGAAGUGAACACGUACCUAGGUACAAAUGUAGCUGGCCUUGAGUUGCCGUUUAAUCAGAACCAUAAUUCGCAUCAUAAAACUGCGGGAAGCAUUGAACAUGGCUGGAUAAAUUGGCACCGACAUCAAGCCAGAUCAAGCUAUCAUGCCCAUCAACAUAAUUCAACUAGCAGACCUGCUCGGAGUCAUAAUAAUCAGCAUAAUGGAUCGAUUGAUCUAAACAGUAUAACAGGAGUAUCAUCAGCGCAUCAUCAUGAUGAUCAUAACGCGGAAACACCAGUAUCUGCAUCGGAAAAGUUUACUGCUGUUGCUGUUGCCGAGUAUUCUGGUACCAGGGCCGUAUCUUACGCCGGAUAUAACAAUAAUAAUCAGGAUCAAUAUGCAGUCUACACAACUACCGUUCCUUCCUACACCAGACAUCAUUCUGGGAGACGAGUAUGCACGAGGAGUCCAAAUGUCAAUAAUCACUACUCAGGUCGACAAAUAAGAUUUGUUUACACCCAAGUGUCAGCGUCGGCGUCAAGUUUUAUUUGUUGUCCUGGUUGGUCGCAAGUAACGCGAACAAGCUACGGGUGUAAUAGACCCACAGUCACAGCCACCUGUGUUUUACCUUGUUACAACGGUGGAGUCUGUGGUCCCCACGGUAAAUGCAACUGCCCCAAAGGCUUCACUGGCAGCCAAUGUCAAUUAGAUAUUGAUGAAUGCAUGACUGAAAAACCGUGUGCACAAAUCUGUAAAAAUUUACCUGGUAGUUACGAGUGUCAUUGCCGUCACGGAUUUCAAUUACAACCAGAUGGACAAUCUUGUAAAAAAAAUGACAGUGAUGGUACAGCAUUCGAGGCACGAGAUUUAGAAAAUGACUACGGCAUUGUUACAAACACCCGGAGACCGAUUACUACGAGUCCGCGUGAUACCGAAAAUGAAGUAAGCGACAGUGAUACCAGUAGGGGUUACCAAGUUUUACUCAAGAGAUUAACCAAGUUAGAAAAACAAUUUGGUAAAGGAAAACGAAAAGAAACAGAAGUCGCUGAGCUAAAUGGAAAAGUCAAUGAAGCAGUGGAGGGUGUUACUGAAUUGCGAUUGGCUGCCAAAAACGUCCUCAACUUUUUACACGAAAGUUUUGGGCCGAUGAGACAGCAAGUUUACGAAAUGAAAAACAAAUUAGAAUUGGAGAGACGAAGAAUUGAUUAUCUUGUUCAACGAUUCACUGAAAUUGAUCAUAAAAUAAAUUUACAACGUACUAAUAUCAAUGGAUAAUU